AUAGCUAGUAAAUUGAAAAUGUUUGAAAUUUUCCUAAAACUAUACAAAACUCGCUUGCAAAUAUUACUAGUUUGUUUCCUUGUUGCACUUGCAUACUCAAUUGUUGUGACAUUUUACUUCUCAAACAGCAAAGAAUCAGUGAUUGUAGUCAGAAAUAUAAAAAAUAAUUUACUAAUUUUAACAGACAUUACGGAUGAGUCUGUGGAACCUAAAAAUGAUAAAAAUUUAUUUUUCAUUGACACUUUUCGGAUGCAACUUAAGUAUAAGCAGGCGAGAGCUUUGAAAAUUGGGAAGCGACCAGCUUGUGCUAUUGAGUCUGCAGCCAUUUUAAAUCCUCAUCUAAACAUUUAUGCUGUCUACAUCACACGUGAAAAGAGACCAAAAUUGCAAUUAACACCAGAACUGUCAGCUUUAAUUCAAUAUCCAAAUUUAAAGUUUGUGUUCAUAAAUCACAAUAGUUUCCCAAUUGGAAGUCCAUUAGGCAGUUUCUUCAUCAAUAAUCAUGAAAUUACAAAAUCACAAUAUGUCAUUGCUCACAUGUCCGAUGCUUAUCGCUUAUUAAUUUUAUGGAAGUACGGAGGCAUUUAUUAUGACACAGAUGUGAUUUCCUUAAAAACCGCUGAAAAUACACCACAAAAUUUUGCAUGUGAUGAUGGCGAAGGUGUGAUUGUAGCAAAUGGAAUUAUGAGAUUAGAUACACAUAAAGGAAGGACUUUAGCGGAAAUGUUUAUAAAGUACAUGACUGAAAAUUACGAUGCAGACGAAUGGGGAACCAAUGGUCCAAUUGUCAUAACCAAAGUUCUCAGCGAAAUCUGCAAAACUGAAUCGAUAAGUGAAAUGGUUGAAAUGGAAAAUUGUGAUGGAUUUUAUGUCCUUCCACGAAAAAUUUGCUAUCCAAUUCCAUGGUCAAGAUGGAAAGGGAUUUUCAAUGAAAAUCAUGUGGAUAAGAUGAUGAGCCUUAUAAAUGACUCGAUGACUCUUCACUUGUGGAAUAAUUUGUCGAAACGUAGGAAGAUUGAGGUUGAAGAGGAUAAUUUAUUUAAUAGAAUUGCUAAGGACAAGUGUCCGAAUGUAUUUGGAGCGAUGAAUCAGGACUUUUAGAUUGCAGUGUAAACUCCUUCCCGACUCCCUCCCACACAUUCAUUUUUGUUCAUUAUUUUUUACUUUUUGUCUGAAGACGUUGAAUUUUUCAAGACAGUUCGAGGAAACGACAAAGUCUUUUAUCACUGUCUAGCCAAGUGUUGUCCAAACUAUUAGAUCGCUAAGCCACGACUAAAGUUGCACCCAGCAUCCGGCUCAUGUCAUUUCCAAAAAAAUCUACAGCACACAGUUUGGACAAGACUAGUAUAGCACAAGAUAGAAGGACAUAAUUUGACUGAACCUAACCUAAAUAGCACAAGUCGGUAAAUUGAAUAGAAAUCCGUCACCAAGCUGGCAUGACUCUGUCAUGGUGAAGCCUUCGAUUAAAAUCCGGCUUCAUGUAAUAGUCACACGUUCUAUCAUCGAUCAGGAUCACAGUUUCUUGUGUAGUAACACACCGCCUAGCUGGAACCCUCUCACAUUAAAGAGUCACACAGACUUGAUGAACCGACUUGUGCUACUCGGGUAUAAGAAUUUACAUUGAUUUGCAGUUUAACUUAAUAGAUAGAAAAUCAGGAUAGAUCAGGGGGAAUGUUGGGGGUUAUAGUAGCUACUUUAUAAUUACGAAUAAUGGGUAUAAAAAGCAACAUCUCAAAAUUUUCACCAACAUCUACUUACCAUACGUCCGCAAAAAAUUCCUCUCUAAAAUAAAAUAUUUAAAUCUGAA